AUGGCAGCCCCGGCAUUCAAAAUCCGCGCCGCCACCGAGAAUGAUAUCCCCCAAGUGCACACCAUAUACAGCCACUACGUCGCCAACACGGUGCUAACAUUCAUGCAAACCGCGCCACCAUUACAAUCAAUGCUCGACAAGUUCAAGAACAACACCGGCAACACACGCAGUGGACUGCCCUACCUAGUUGCCGUGGACACCGACACCGAAAAGACCGUGCUGGGAUUUGCCUAUCUCUCGCCGUUUCGAGGCACAAUGUUCUCGUAUGGGCCGACAGUCGAGUUGUCUCUUUUCCUGAGUCCGAAGUAUACGCACAAGGGCAUUGGGUCGUAUUUACUGGCUGAAUUGCUGUCGAAGCUGCAAGAUAAUAAACCGCUGCACAGAGCUGUGGAGCAUGCGGGUUACAAAUCCCAUGAAAGUGUCUCUGAUCCAAUGCCCGUUCGGAAUAUCAUUGCAUGCAUGGCGCUCGAUCCAGAAGGUAGAGACCAGGGCGAAGGGCUCAGGAAAUGGUAUGAGCAGCGAGGCUUUGUGGAAAGAGGCAGACUAAAGAGUGUAGGUUUGAAGAAAGGGAAAUGGUAA